UGCGGAAACCCGGCCCGGCGCGGGGAGACCCCAGGCGGCGGCGGGCGGAGCCGGGGAGCCCGAGGAGGAGGAGAAGGAGGCGGAGGAGAAGGAGGGGGCGUCGGCGGCGCGGAGGAGGCGGCCAGGCCGGCGGCGGCCUGCGAGGGAAGUUUCCUGCCGGCCUGGGUGAGCGGCGUGCCCCGCGAGCGGCUCCGCGACUUCCAGCACCACAAGCGCGUGGGCAACUACCUCAUCGGCAGCAGGAAGCUGGGCGAGGGCUCGUUCGCCAAGGUGCGCGAGGGGCUGCACGUGCUGACCGGAGAGAAGGUGGCCAUCAAAGUCAUUGAUAAGAAGAGAGCCAAAAAGGACACCUAUGUCACCAAAAACCUGCGGCGGGAGGGGCAGAUCCAGCAGAUGAUCCGCCACCCCAACAUCACGCAGCUCCUCGAUAUCUUAGAGACAGAAAACAGCUACUACCUGGUCAUGGAGCUGUGCCCUGGGGGUAACCUGAUGCACAAGAUCUAUGAGAAGAAGCGGCUGGAGGAGUCCGAAGCCCGCAGAUACAUCCGGCAGCUCAUCUCUGCAGUGGAGCACCUGCACCGGGUCGGGGUGGUCCACAGAGACUUGAAGAUAGAAAAUCUGCUACUAGAUGAAGACAAUAAUAUCAAGCUGAUUGACUUUGGCCUCAGCAACUGUGCGGGGAUCCUGGGUUACUCAGACCCGUUCAGCACACAGUGUGGCAGCCCCGCCUAUGCCGCGCCUGAACUGCUCGCCAGGAAGAAAUACGGCCCCAAAAUCGAUGUCUGGUCCAUAGGUGUGAACAUGUAUGCCAUGUUGACGGGGACCCUGCCUUUCACAGUGGAGCCUUUCAGCCUGAGGGCUUUGUACCAGAAGAUGGUGGACAAAGAAAUGAACCCCCUUCCCACCCAGCUGUCCACAGGAGCCAUCAACUUCCUACGCUCCCUGCUGGAACCAGAUCCUGUGAAGAGGCCAAAUAUUCAGCAAGCCCUGGCGAAUCGCUGGCUCAAUGAGAAUUACACAGGCAAAGUGCCCUGUAAUGUCACCUAUCCCAACAGGAUUUCCCUGGAAGACCUGAGCCCAAGCGUGGUGCUACACAUGACCGAGAAGCUGGGCUUCAAAAACAGUGACGUCAUCAACACCGUGCUGUCCAACCGUGCCUGCCACAUCCUCGCCAUCUACUUCCUCUUAAACAAGAAACUCGAGCGCUAUUUGUCAGGGAAAUCUGAUAUCCAGGACAGUGUCUGCUACAAGACUCAGCUCUACCAGAUAGAAAAGUGCAGGGCCAUCAAGGAGCCCUAUGAGGCGUCCUUGGACACCUGGACAAGAGACUUUGAAUUCCAUGCUGUGCAGGACAAAAAGCCCAAAGAACAAGAGAAAAAAGGGGAUUUUCUUCAUCGACCCUUUUCCAAGAAGCUGGACAAGAACCUGCCCUCGCACAAGCAGCCCUCCUCGGCCUCGCUUAUCACGCAGAUUCAGAACACCAAAGCCCUGCUGAAGGACCGGAAGGCCUCCAAGCCCGGCUUCCCCGACAAAGAUUCCUUCGGCUGCCGCAGUAUUUUCCGCAAGACCUCCGAUUCCAAUUGUGUGGCCUCUUCUUCCAUGGAAUUCAUCCCUGUCCCACCUCCCAGGACCCCCAGGACCCUAAAAAAACUGGAGUCCCAUCAGCAAGGGCCUGGGAGCGCUGGCAUUGCCCCCAAAGAAGACCCCCUGAUGCUGGACAUGGUGCGCUCCUUCGAGUCUGUCGACCGCGAUGACCACGUAGACCUCCUGUCCCCAUCCCAUCGCUACCGGGUCCUGAACUCCCCAGUGAGCUUGGCUCGCAGGAAUUCCCAUGAGAGGACACUGUCCCCAGGGCUGCUGUCCGGGAGCACGUCACCUCUCCAAACUCCUUUGCAUCCCACCCUGAUCUCUUUUGCUCCUGAAGAUAAGAACAGCCCCCCAAAAGAGGAGGAGGUGUGUUCUCCGCCUCCAGUUCCCACCAGUGGCCCCACGCAGCCUCUGGGGAGCCCCAACUGUGUCAAGAGCCGGGGCAGGUUCCCCAUGAUGGGCAUUGGACAGAUGCUGCGGAAGCGCCACCAGAGCCUGCAGCCCUCCGUAGAGAGGCCCCUGGAGGCCAGCAUGCCCCCGCUGCAGCCCCCAGCCCCCAGCAGCCUCGCCUUCGACCUGGCUGAUGGGGUCAAGGGCCAGUGUUAACCUGGACCAGCAAGAUUCUGGGUCUCUGUAAGGAAUGCAGCAGAACAGAGCUCCACACAUCUGUCAGAGUAUGAACAAAGAUCUCUUCUACGCCUGUCACGUGACUUCACAACCAUGGAUCAGCCCAAACCCACACACCCAAAGCCUGCACAUCCCAACCUUACCUAAGGACUCCUGAGAUGCUGGAAAUCACCAGGAGAGCUGGCUGCAGGGACAACGGAUUCCAGUCUCAGACCAUCCUUCCUUCCACCCACUCACCAAGCCCUCUUCUGUCUCACACUGCUGGGCUUGGGGCUGAAAACCACGCAUCAGACUAGACUGAUCUAGACUGUUACAGAUCAUCCCUCUGUGCUGUGUGUGCAUACCUCCCAGCAAUUGCUCUCUGCUCAGCAGUUGGUCUCAGCCUCAGAGGGACCAACAGCGUCCAAGGUCUGUCCAUCGAGGCCACAGUUUCCUUUGGAGUGAAGUGGUUUUCUCUUGGUGACUAACAGCGAAUCUCUGCGGCUGGUUAGGAGCAGUGAGCUGCAAUGCUGGGCCCGAGGAACUGGAGAGGAACAUGGAACAAGUCCUCAGACUAAAGAUGGAACAGUCUGGACCCAGAUAGCAGAAAACAGCUAAAGGAAACACCCGUCCCAAGAAAGAUUUUAUUGGUGGUGGUGGUGGUGGCAGGGAAUUGCUGAUGGUUGAAUGAUCUUGUCCAAAGAAAUUUUUUUCAUUAUGGGAUGUCAUGAAACUGAAAUAACAUGAUUUUUGGAAAUCCAACUGGAGAGAUGAAAAGCAGUCUCACCAAAUUCAUGUUUGCAGGCGAAGAUACAGCCCAGAGGGCAGACGAGCUGGCUCAGGUGGUUUUUAAUAGCAUUGGACCACAGUGGCCUGCAGGAGGGGGCAGGAUCCCAGCCACCCUGUGCUCAUCCUGCUAUACCAGCAGAGCUCCCAUGCUUCUAGAAGGUGUGGAACAUAACUGGUUCUUUACAAAGAGAGAAAGAACGUUACAGCAGGACUCGGAUGGCAGGAAAGCAACGAUACCUCUGUGCUACGCAGUUUUCAUGCUGCCCAGGAAGGAAGUGUGAUUCAGAGCUCAGCUGACCUGCUGUGAACUGCGAACAGGCUCGCUGGGCAGGGAACAUGUUCAGUAUGGGACAGUUCCUCCAAGAAAGCAGCAUCCCCCAAACAGGGUUUCAAUCUGUGUUGUGUUUUCAUACUUUUUGCCAAGGAUCGAACCAAAGAUGUGUCUCCACUUCUGUGACUGUGUUCUCCCUGUGUGUGUGUUUUGUGGACUCUGGUGUUGUCUGACUGCAUCCAGCUGGAGCCUGAUGGGUGCUUUCCCCACGGGAGGCCUGGGCCUGGCCUCUGGUCAUGGGCAGAAUUGCAAGAAGGGAAAGUAUUGGCACACUUUGGAAUCAGUGGACCAGGAUGGCACAGGAUGGAUAGCAGUUAGUUUAGGAGGUAGGUUAUAGAAUGGCCUAGAAUCUUCAACUAUUUUUUACUUUUUUUUUUUUCCUGUGGUACUAGGGAUUGAACCCAGGGCUGCGAAAGUGCUCAAGUGCUGAGCCACAUCAUCAGCCCUUUUUCCUUUUUAAUUUUGAGACAAAGUCUCAAUAAGUGGCCCAGGCUGCCUUUGAACUUGCCAUUCUUUUUGCCUCAGCAUCGCAAGUAGCCGGCACAACAAGCAUACACACCAUUCCUGGAAGUUUCAGCUUUUGACUAGUAUAGAUGUCACCAGAGACUACCACUGUGGCCACGCCCUUGGGUCACCUCAGUCCGCUGAUUCCAAAGUGGGCCAAGUCCCUUGAGAAUGGCAAGCCAGCCUUCAUCUCCCCAGCAAGGAGCCCUCUGCCAGCAGACUUCCUUGGGCCCUUCCCACUUCUGAUUCAGCGAGGAGAGACCAGAUCUCUAGUCAACUGCAGAAGCUACCCAGCUGUGCUGGCAAGACCUGGGGCUGCUCAACCCUUUGGACGGGGAUCACCCCCACCCUUCGGCCAUGUUAGGAGUACAUCAGCCUCCUGGUUGUUGGGAUUACUCCUUUGUGUAGUUUCAAAGCAAGCUGUAAACUUUACACUGAAAAUAGAGCUUUUUAAGCAGAAAAAAGAAAAGAAUCAUCCAGUAGAUCCUCUCUCCUUUUGACUUAACAUGCUUGAUUUUCAGUGGGUGGAGAAUCCUUUUGUCAGGGUGGCGUCUGCCUGGAAUGGCCCCUCUGAGCAGGCUGGGAAAAUGCAUACCUGUGCACCAUGAACUUUCUGUCGACCCUUGUGUCUUUUCUCAUGCGUUUUACUUUCCUCACCAACCUGUGUGUUUCUGUGUUGCUGUUAGCUCGUGGAGAACAUGUUGAUCAUUCUUCGAGUGCAGCUGCAGAUAUGGUACCACCAGCCGCCGGGUUGCCAUGGGCAACGUGGACUCGGAGCUCAGGUGUACUCUGAACCAGUGAGAGGACAGGGAACAGAAGGGAGGGAAUAAGCUGUAUUUUUUGGUGUGUGUGAGCACCUAAGCAACCUAUGAAACUGAGUGAAAGAAAAAAAUGUUAAAUUCUUUAUUAUUUUAUUAUAUUUAUAUGGAGAACUUGACUGUCCCUUUGGUAAGUACAGAGUGUGUUGUCUGUUUGACUCAUGACUCUCCCUUAGUUUGUCCGUGCCUGUGAUUUCAGUCAGCCUGCAGCUACUGAUGGAAAUGACCCAACUGCCGUGGGGCGAAGUCCAGGAGGAAAAGUCCCUUUCAAUUGUAUGAUUUGGUCAUAAAUAAGGACCAUAUUUAUGUCACCAUUAUUAAAUAUAUGUACUUUUAUAAUGACUGUGAAAUACACUUUUUCCUCACUA